AUGGCCGACACACCCUCAUCCUUGCAAAGCGAAAGUCUCCCCGGACGACCACCCUACCCACCAUUCACCCACGAAACCGCGACAAUCAAAGUCAAAGCUGCACAAGAUCUGUGGAACACGCGAGACCCACAGAAAGUGAAGAACGGGUAUACACUGGAUUCGAUCUGGAGGAACCGCGACAAGUUCUUCACAGGGCACGACGCCAUCGUCGACUUCCUAACUGACAAGUGGAGGGUGGAGAAUGGAUACAGGCUGAGGAAAGAGCUGUUCGCGUUCACAGAUAACAAGAUCGCGGUGCAGUUCUGGUACGAGUACCAUGACAGCUCAGGGCAAUGGUAUCGUGCCUACGGACUUGAAGAUUGGACGUUCGACCCAAACGGGCUGAUGCGGAAGCGCCAGAUGAGCGCGAACGACGUGAAGAUUUCGGAAGAGGAAAGGUGGUUCAAGGAUGGGGUUGAUGUGAACUCGGUCGAGAUCAGCGAGAAACACUGGUGA